CGCUUUGCGUCGAACAUUCGGCGUGUCCUCCAUCUUUAAACAUCUAUCAUUUAAAGAUAGGCGUCGUUUGUACUGUUAUACGCAAUUUGUCGUUCAGUAAAUAGUUUUGAAAUUCACCGAAAUGGCUUCUCAAAAUCCUGAUACGACUGGGGCUAAUGUUGAGAGUUCUACAGAAAAUGGUAAUAUUGAUCAAAAUCAGGGCGGAAAUCAAAGAUCUGGAGGCAGUUUUAGACGCGGUGGUGGAGCCGGUAAAUUUGGAGGAAAAGGACGUUUCCAAAAUCAAGGACAGAGACCCAGAAAUGAUGGUCCACAAGGUGGUGCAGGUGUAAAGAGGGAAUUUCGUGAAGGCAACCAAAGGAACUUUCAUAGAGAUGGUGAACAUGCUAUGAAAACUCCACAAGAUAAGAUGAUUGAAAAAUUGAAUCAAAUUUCUGGAUCCACCCUGGAAUUACCCCCGCUCGAUAUGACUGAAAAAAAAUUCUCUGGUAGGAAUCGUUUAUACGUUGGUAAUAUUGGAAAUGAAGUUGGCGAGGAUGAUUUAGUUGAGUUCUUCAAAGCACACGGUGAAGUUAGUGAGGUAUUCGUCAAUAAGGAGAAAAAUUUUGGUUUCGUGAAAUUCGAUUUUCACUCCAAUGCCGCUAAAGCGAAGAGAGAAUUGGAUGGAACUGCUCUCAAAGGUAGAAAUUUAAGACUUCGAUUUGCUCCUGGAGGAACUGCUAUCAAAGUUAAGAAUUUAACUUCUAAUGUUUCCAAUGAGUUACUUUAUCAUGCUUUCCAAAUAUUUGGUGAAAUUGAAAGAGCUACCAUUAUUAUUGAUGAUAGAGGUAAGCAUACAGGAGAAGGUAUUGUAGAAUUUGUCAGGAAAGGAAGUGCUUUGGCUGCAGUACGUGAGUGCAGGGAAAGUUGUUUUUUCAUAACAUCUUCUCUAAGACCAUGUAUCGUUGAACCAUUUGAUGUCAUUGAAGAUAAUGAUGGAUUGCCUGAUAAACUGAUAAAUAAGCGAAAUCCAGAAUUCCAAAAGCAACGUGAAGUUGGCCCAAGAUUUGCUCAAAUUAACAGCUUCGAGCAUGAAUAUGGUAUGAGGUGGAAACAAUUACAUGAGUUGUUUACUCAAAAAGAGGAAGCUUUGAAAAAGGAGCUUGAAAUGGAAAAGGAAAAACUAGAAGCUCAAAUGGAAUAUGCUAAAUAUGAACAUGAGACAGAGAUGUUGCGUGAGCAAUUGAGGGUGAGAGAAAUGGACAAGGAGAGACAGAAACGCGAAUGGGAGAUGAAAGAAAGACAGGCGGAAGAACAGAGACAAAGAACCGAAGAACAGAUGAGGAGGCAGGAGGAGCAAAUGCAAGCUCGUAUGAUCCAUCAAGAAGAAGAAUUACGUAGACGUCAACAGGAAAAUAGUUUGUUCAUGCAGGCCCAUCAACUCGAUAGUAUGCUAGACGCUCAAGAUUCGCAAUUUGAUCGUGGCAAUAUGUACACAGGCGAUGACAAUGAUAUUAAACCCAAUAAUUUCGAAAGAGAACGGUUUGGCGUCGAUGUAGGACGUAAUCCGAACAAGUCUGGUUCACAAACUAGGGGACACUGGGUUAAUGAUAGUCGCAGGGAUGAAUACCCUAUGAAAAGAAGACGUUUCUAAGUAUCUCCCGGCCAGUUCAACCACUUCAUUUCUUGACAAUAUUGGUUGGAUUUGUGGUUGAAGUAGGAUUCAUGUUUUUUUAUUCAUUUUUUCCCUAGAUAUAAUUUCUUGAUGGAGUAAAGAAUAUCAUCUUACCCAUUAUAAAAAUGAUUAUUUAUAACUUUGAUCGAUCAUGAUAAUUGAAGCAAAUUUCUUGGCGGCACCAUAUAAUUCAAUAAUUAAUAUCAUCACUAUACUCGUUGGUUUUUACUUCAUAGACCGAUUUCGUUAUAUUUCAUUUGUCAUUUUUAAAAUCGUGUAAAAGCAUUUGAGUUGUACAAAAGAUACUUUUUUGGGGGACAUAAAUAACCAUUACUUAUAUGAAUCUUUGAUUUAACUUCUGAAAUUACUUCGUAAGACCAAUUUCACUCAAAUAGGUGUAUACUGUGUGAAUAGCUACCAGAUCCUAAAGGUUUACUUAAUCGAAUGUUUAAUUUGUUUAGGUAUAUCUUGUGCUUGAGCCGCUAAAUCUCUAUUCUAACUCUUUAGGAACUCGGCGUCUUCUGCAAGAUAUUAAUUUUUUAAGAAUUGGAUGUUGUAAACUUUCAUUUUAGAAUGAUUAUUAUAGUAUAUGUUCUGUAUUUAUUUCUUUAGAACAAUUCACUGACAUUGAUGUAUGUUUGUCUACUAGUUAGACAUCUUGUAACCUUGAAAAUAAAUAUAUACUUGAA